CGAUAACCUAAAUGUCACGCCAGGCACUCCGUAAACCUACUUCUCCACAUUACUAGUGUUUGUUCAUGGGCCGAGCCACUAGGUCCCCGCUUAUGUGUUGUGAUCCUUGCACAGCCCAGAACUCAAGUACAUGGAUUCUGUGUUUUAGUCUAUGUGCCGGUAUGCUAUGCUAACUACGGUUUGGAGAAACAUUGGAGAACGAUAUGGGCCCCGCCAAAAACGAUAAUCAUGUCAAAUGGUAUUUGGCUACACAAGUAAUUUUGUCCGCUGCUCAUAUAGCAUCAUAACAGGUGUGUCUUGUCACAUUUGAGGUAGUGUCAAGCGUUGCUGGAACUGUGAUGCUUUCAGUACCUCACUAUGGAAACAUCGACGGAUUCAUCAAAGUGUUCACUGACCUCGAAGUUACGGCGUCCACAUUCUUCAUUUUGGAGUACUUUCUUCGGCUCUUUGUGCACAGGAAAAAGUGCUGCAAUUAUGUCACUUCCUUUCUGGGCAUCAUUGACUUGCUUGUGUGUGUAGCAGCGGUGCCGACCCUUUAUGAAAAGUUCACUCAACGCAAGCAUUUCAAUUUCACAAAUUCCCAUACCUUUCAUGUUUUGUCCUGCUUUCGAAUGCUUCGGGUUUUGAAGCUUCUUCAGUUUGUCAAAGAGUAUCAAACCCUAACUUCAGCGCUUCGCAAAGAACUGCGAAUGAUAGUGGUAUUUCUAUUUGGUGUGUUCACUGUUGUUUUGAUUCUGGGAUCAUGCUUGUAUGCUGCUGAACGGAGUGCAAAUGAUAAAUCUGCAUUUUCUUCAAUCCCUGCUGGAAUGUGGUGGGCAACGGUCACUCUGACAACAGUUGGCUAUGGAGAUUUGGUCCCGGAGACCGUCUUUGGGAAGAUCUUUGCCUCGAUCUCAAUGCUGAUGGGCUAUGGCUUGCUGGCAGUGCCCACAAUUGUUGGAACCCUGGAGAUCAAUCAGCUUUCACAAGCACAGAGUACAAAAGACAGUUCGCGAUCCAAUGUUUUCGAUGUGAAUGAAGCCUCACACCAGCCCUUGCUUGGCGAUGAUAUGAUUCGUAUCCAUUGUCGCGCCCUUGACUGUGAUCGGCAUGGGUGCCUGAAAUGUGCUGCAGGCUUUCCUCUCUUAGAUGAGGUUAUUUUUUUGUGGAAUCAGAGAACUCGGCGUUUCGUAGAUGAGCAAUCAUAUGCUGUGGAGCAUUACUUCCGUGUGCUGCAAGCAAAACCCAUGCCUCCAGGGUAUGACAUAUUUGCAAAGGUUGAAGAGGAAGAAUUACCCUCUUCCCGGAAAUUUAUGAUUUCCAUGUUCAAUCCAAUUGAAUCUAUUCCUCGUAGAAUAGCUGAAGGUUACAUUAUAUAUUCGAAUCCUUCAUAA